AUGCCGGUACAAGACAAGCUCGGGCCACCUGGCGUCAGCCCCUUGUCGCGCAACCCUGGACAGGGACUGACCGAGCCUGACUUGCGAGCCUCGGUCGUUGGCUCGUUGGCUUGUGCCGCCGCCGCCCACCUGCCCAGCGUAAACCCGCGAGUGGCCGAAACCAGUCCAGGAGACCGGAGGAGUCUUCCAGGGGGAGGAAGCGGGCUGUCGUCUGCAGGCCUCUCCUUCAUUCGCGCGCGCGAUACCUUCCUCGACGACGAAAUCGGCAAGCACUCGAACCAGAGCCCGCACCCCCAUCUCGUCGCCCAAGGUCGCCGCGCUCUGUAG